AUGGGUGGUUGUCUGAGUAAAAAAGGGUCAGAGCCAGAAGAGCACAUUGGUUACAGACAUGUUGCUGGGGGAGCUCAGGAUCACAAGAGCCAUGAACCCUUUGUCCAAUCCAAACCCCCCUCUCAUCAACCUUACCAAUUACCCGUGAAACAUGCACCUCAGGCUGCUUGGAGACCCACUGUUCCUUCUCCAAGCCCAAAACAUGUUCACAGGGCUGAUACCAUCACUGGGAAGCCAUUUGAGGAUGUUAAGCAGCACUACUCACUUGGAAAAGAAUUGGGGAGAGGCCAAUUUGGGGUGACUUACCUCUGCACUGAAAAUUCAACUGGCUUGCAAUAUGCCUGCAAAUCCAUUUCAAAGAGGAAGCUUGUGCGCAGAGAUGACAAGGAAGAUAUGAAGAGGGAGAUUCAAAUCAUGCAGCAUUUAAGUGGACAAUCUAACAUUGUGGAGUUCAAAGGUACUUACGAGGAUAAACACUCAGUUCAUGUGGUUAUGGAGCUUUGUGAAGGUGGCGAACUUUUUGAUAGGAUUAUUGCCAAGGGGCACUACAGUGAAAGGGCUGCUGCUUCAGUAUGUAGACAGAUUGUUAAAGUUGUUAACAUCUGCCAUUUUAUGGGGGUGAUGCAUAGGGAUCUGAAGCCAGAGAAUUUCUUGUUGUCCAGUAAGGAUGAUAAGGGACUUCUCAAGGCCACAGAUUUUGGUUUGUCAGUCUUCAUAGAAGAAGGAAAGGUGUAUCGAGACAUAGUUGGCAGUGCUUACUAUGUUGCUCCAGAAGUUCUACGACGAAGCUAUGGGAAGGAAGUAGAUAUAUGGAGUGCAGGAGUUAUACUGUAUAUCUUACUUAGUGGUGUACCUCCCUUUUGGGCAGAGACGGAAAAGGGAAUAUUUGAUUCCAUAUUACGGGGUCAUAUUGAUUUUGAAAGUAAUCCGUGGCCUAGCAUAUCAAGCAGUGCUAAGGACCUUGUUCGGAAAAUGCUUACAGAGCAUCCAAAGAAACGCAUUACUUCAGCUCAGGUUCUAGAGCACCCAUGGCUUAAAGAAGGUGGAAAUGCUUCUGACAAGCCAAUAGACAGUGCAGUGCUUUCCAGAAUGAAGCAAUUCAGAGCAAUGAAUAAACUAAAAAAACUAGCCCUCAAGGUCAUUGCUGAAAAUCUUUCUGAAGAAGAGAUCCAAGGUUUGAAGGCAAUGUUCACAAAUAUGGACACUGACAAUAAUGGUACAAUCACCUACGAGGAACUGAGGGAAGGAUUGCAAAGACUUGGCUCAAAGCUAACUGAAGCUGAAGUGCGACAACUUAUGGACGCCGCUGAUGUAGAUGGAAAUGGCUCAAUAGAUUACAUAGAAUUCAUCACUGCUACAAUGCAUAGACACCGGUUAGAGAGAGAUGAACAUCUUUACGGGGCCUUCCAAUAUUUUGACAAAGACGGCAGUGGGUAUAUCACAAGAGAUGAACUGGAAUCAGCCAUGAAGGAGAAUGGUAUGGGUGAUGAGGACACAAUCAGGGAAAUUAUAUCUGAAGUUGACACUGAUAAUGAUGGUAGAAUCAACUAUGACGAAUUUUGCACAAUGAUGAGAAGUGGAACCCAACAACAAAGCAAGCUAUUCUAA